GCGAAAAUUUUGAGGAUUUUGGAAGGUCAAGGGGCCAGAUUUCUUUCUUUUUUUACCGCCGGAGGCGAAAAUUUUGAGAAAUUUGGAAGGCUAAGGGGCCAGAUUUCUUUCUUUUUACCGCCGGAGGCGAAAAUUUUGAGAAUUUUGGAAGGCCAAAGGGCCAGAUUUCUUCCAUUUAUGGUGCGUGAAAUUUCAAAAAAUUGCGUGAAAAUUGCCCGCAAUACGCAAUCCGCAAGUCAAAAAAACACGCAAUUUCACGCAAUCCGCAAUACGCAAUCCGCAAUUGCGUCCAGCCCUGAAGACGAUUCCUUUUUAAAUACUUUUUGUGGUUCUCCCCCAUAUGCUGCGCCUGAAUUAUUUCGAGAUCAAGGAAUACUUCUUUAUUUUAUGCUUGUUGGUGUUACUCCUUUUCGUGGAGAAACUGUUUUUGAUUUAAAAAGAAAUAUUUUGGAAGGGGUUUAUUAUAUGCCUGAUUAUGUUUCAACAUUUGCACAACAUUCAAUUACUAGAAUGCUUGAAUUGGACGCUAAAAGAAGGGCUAAUAUUUUGGAACUUAAGAGAACAUAUUGGCUAAGUGAAUGUAAAUUUCCCGAUUCUUAUGUAAAUUUGUCUUUAAAUCCAAAUGAGCAUUCAUUGGCCCAUUGUAAAUUGGAAAGACUUGUUUGGUCCCAAUUACAAAGUUAUGGAAUAACAGAAGAAAUGCUUAGAAGUGUUGCUAAAAGUAAAGGAGCUAGAAAUCCUGUUAUCGGGACUUAUCGAAUUACUCUUUAUCAAUGUCAAGCACUUGAUAGAGAUAAAGAAAGGGCUAAGUUAAAUGAGCAUUUAUUACAACUUGCUGAAAAGAAUAAUUUAUUGGCGGGUAAAAUUGAUGAGCGAAGCAAAGCUUGUAUAAUAAUUUAA